ACCGCUGGGUAGUUGGAGUCGGUGUAACUGCGGACCCCCCGAUAACUGACAGUUCACCGUGAAGAAGAAUAAAACAAAAACAAAGUGUAUCGAGAUAGUGCAGGAAAUUUGGAAUUUAUACUAAAAUAAUUAAAAGUUCAGUGUAAGGAAAUGAUCGGUUGAAUUUAGGGAAUCUAUUUACGCAAUUUAACCCUUCGUAUCACACGAGGACUGAGGACCCAAGGCGCAGACAUUACAUCGUAUUGCUUUGUACGGGUAUAAUUUGUAAGUAUCUGGAAGAAGACAAAGGAAAAUUACUAAUUGAAGAUUGAAAAUACAGGAAGAAGAAGAGGAAAGGAUCAGAAAGUAUCAAGGAGAAUUCAGGAAUGAUCGAAGUCGUAAGGAAGGAGGAAACUAUUAGAGUGAGUAGAUUUAGUGCAAAUUAUAAAUCUGUAGCAAUUAAGAAAAUAAUGGCAAUAUAUUUUAGUUUUUGAGCUGCUCCGAAUAGCUGCUGCAAAAUAAAUAGUGUACUCGAACAAUCUCAAAAAUCUAAUACAGAGAUUUCGGUACCCUCUAUCACGAUGAGCGAGAGAUCCCUGGACCUAACGACGACGGCGUGUGCGGAGUGUGGAAAAACGUCCACACGGGAUGAAAAGAUGAUUGCCUGUGACAGCUGUGAUUGCUGGUUUCACAUACGUUGUGUGGGAUUAACAACGGUACCGAAAAAAGACAAGAAAUGGUUCUGUAAGGAGAUUACCUGUGAACGCGUCUUCCAGGAAUACCAGAAACAGAAAAAAGCGUCUCGUACAAAGAAAAUUGCGGAAGAAUAUGACAAAUUGAGCACCAAAUCGACGGAUAAUCGUCCACCGUUGCCCGUACCCGCUGCCGUGGAAGAAAAGUUAGAAGCGAUGGAGAUAGAAAAUCAACGUUUGGAAGAAGAGAUGGAUGCGGAGAUGCUGUUGAAGGAAAAGGAAAUGGAGAUGAAAAAUGCGUUGAAAAUAAGAAGAAUGCGAAUGGAGCAAGCGUUGCGUGAAAGAGAAUUGGAAAAUGAUCGACUGUUGCGCGAACAAGAGAUUGAAAAAAAGGAACUCGAACUUCAGCAAGAAUUGCGGGAAAAGGAAGAGCAUCUGGUCCGCAUGAAGGAAAUGGAAAGAGCGUAUCGCGAGAAAAUGUCCAGUGUUGACAGAGAACUACAGAAAGCAGAAAUCGUUGACAGUAAAAAUAUGGAGGGACAAUUGGAAACGACCAAAACAAAUAGGGAACCCAAUUCGUCCAAGCCAUCGGUUAUUGGUAAGUUGACGGAAGGGAACCUAGAACGCCUCGUGAAAUAUAAUGAGGAAACCAGCGAAGAAGAUGAGUGCUCAAGCAGCAGCGAUGACGAUUCGAGCGUCAAUGGCAAGGACGCUAGAGAUAAUGCCAGUGUUGCUCCAAGCAGACAGCAACGUGUCGGACCGAGUAGGGUGCAACUAGCUGCAAGAAGUGGCCUAACAAAAAAGCUUCCUACUUUCUCGGGGAAGCCUGAAGAAUGGCCUCUUUUCUUCGGAGCUUAUCAAGCAUCGAACGAAGCUUGUGGUUAUACGGAUGUCGAGAAUUUGGUGAGGCUCCAAGACAGCCUGAAAGGUGUAGCUCUGGAUGCUGUUCGGGGACAGCUUUUACUUCCGAGGUCAGUCCCAAGAGUAAUCGCGAAGCUCCGUCAGCUCUACGGUCGCCCCGAACAACUCUUACAAAGCCAUCUAGACAAGGUGCGAAAACUUGAACCGCCAAGAGCUGACAGGCUAGCCAGUUUCAUCCCAUUUGGAAACACGGUAGAACAGCUUUGCGAGCAUCUUGAAGCAGCGGAGCUUACACUGCACCUAGUGAAUCCGAUUCUGAUCCAGGAUUUGGUCAGCAAGCUCCCAGAUGGAGAAAAGCGCCAGUGGGUGCAGUAUAAGAGAAAAAAGAAAAUAGUAACACUGCGUACCUUUACCGACUUCGUCUCCAGAAUCGUGGCAGAUGCAUGUGAGGCAAAUGUCAACGUCGAUUACAAAUUAGAUACCAGGUCUACGGCCGACACAGCCGGAAGAAGCAAGCCGAAGGAAAAAGGCGCAGUAUAUAAUCACAGCGCGGUGAGUCAAUCGGAAUCCAAUGUGUUUGAACGCAAGAAACAAAAACCCUGCCGUGCAUGCCAGCGAGAAGAUCACCGUCUGCGGUUUUGCCAAGACUUCCGCGAUCUACCGCAUGCGGAUCGGAUGCGAAUUGUGACGAAAUGGAAACUCUGCAACAUUUGUCUCAAUGAUCACAGUGGUCAAUGUCGCUUCAAGAUUCGCUGCAACGUGGGUGAAUGUAGAGAACCGCACAAUCCACUAAUUCAUCCAAUAGGAAAUGUUGUAGGCAUGAGUGCAUACAUCAGAUCCGGCAGUUCCAUGAUGUUCCGGAUGAUCCCGGUGCAGAUUCAUUGUGGAGACAGAUCACUUACUGUUCUCGCUUUCCUGGAUGAAGGUGCAUCCGUGACGCUAAUUGAAAAUGAUCUGGCUGAACGGCUGGGACUCACAGGGGUGAGAGAGAAGCUGCUUAUCAACUGGACUUCUGACGUUUAUCGUGUUGAGAAAAAUUCAAGGCGAAUGAACGUGUGGACCUCAGCGGUGGGCGUUGGGGACUCGGAGAAGUUUUUAUUGCACACAGUUAACACUGUUGAAAAGCUGAUGUUGCCUCACCAGACGUUGGACGCUAAUGAGUUAUCGACACAGUACGAACACAUGCGCGAUCUACCAAUCGCAUCAUUCGAUGGUCGACCGGGUGUACUAAUCGGCCUUAACAACAUCCAUACUUUCGCCCCUUUGGAAGCAAGAAUUGGAACGACAAGGGAUCCGAUCGCUGUUCGCUGCAAGCUCGGUUGGACUGUAUAUGGACCGCGUCAAUUGAGUUCAACUUCUUCGGGCGGUUUUCUGGGGUAUCAUCAAGCAAUAUCUAAUGAAGAACUGCAUGAUAUCUUGAAGAGCCACUACUCGCUAGAAGAAUCAGUGGUUAAGGUGCAAGAAGAGUCGGCUGAGGAUCAACGAGCUCGAUUGAUCAUGGAGCGAACUACGAAACGAGUGGAAAAUCGUUUCGAGACGGGCCUACUCUGGAAAACGGAUGAGGUGAACUUCCCAGAUAGCUAUCCCAUGGCGUUGAAACGUCUGAAGCAGCUAGAAAGAAAGCUGCAGAAAUCACCAGAGGUGUAUCAAAAUGUUCGGCAGCAGAUAGCAGAAUUUCAAGAAAAAGAUUAUGCUCACUUAGCGACCGAAGAAGAAUUGACCGGUACCGGAAAAGAUAAAGCUUGGUAUCUUCCGUUAAAUGUAGUCAUAAAUCCGAAAAAGCCCGCUAAAAUUCGACUUAUUUGGGACGCGGCGGCAACCGUACAAGGGGUGUCGCUUAACACAAUGUUGCUGAAGGGGCCCGACUUACUCGCGCCUUUGGUAUCAGUGAUCAUCGGUUUUCGGGAGAGACGAAUCGCCUUUGGGGGAGACAUCCGAGAGAUGUACCAUCAACUAAAAAUUAUCUCAGAGGAUAAGCAAGCUCAACGCUUCCUUUUUCGGAAUGACAGCAGUGAGGCGCCAAAGGUAUAUGUGAUGGAUGUUGCUACCUUUGGUUCAACAUGCUCUCCAGCGUCGGCACAGUUCGUUAAAAAUCGUAAUGCGACAGAGUAUGCAAUACAGUAUCCUGAAGCAGCAGCAGCCAUCAUUGAUCGGCAUUACGUCGAUGACUAUUUCGACAGUGUCGAUACGAUCGAAGAGGCGAUAGAACGAGCACAGCAAGUGAAGUUUAUUCAUGAACAGGCUGGUUUUGAGAUGAGGAACUGGGUUUCGAAUUCUCCGGUGGUUUUAUCGGCUCUGGGCGAAAACAAAUCGUCGAGGUCGGUCGUUUUUCAGCAAAAUAAGCAGUCAUCCAGUGAGCGCGUGCUUGGAGUGUUCUGGGAUUUGAACCAAGAUGCGUUCGCGUUUUCCGUUACUCACCGUGCAGAGAUUAAAGCGUAUUUGUUUGAAGAAAAGCGGCCGACAAAGCGGAUCGUUUUAAGCUGUGUCAUGGGACUGUUUGACCCAUUGGGCCUGCUUUCGCCAUUCACGAUCCAUGGUAAAAUUCUCAUACAACAUCUCUGGCGAAAUGGAUGCGAAUGGGACCAAGAGAUCGAUGAACCAAAUUGGUGUUUGUGGAAACAGUGGACGGAGUUGCUGCCUAAAGUGGAAGCCCUACGCAUUCCGCGAUGCUAUUUGGGAGAUACUAUGUCUUUGUCGAUAGAGACGCUCGAGCUGCACAUAUUUACUGACGCGAGUGAAAACGCCUACGGUUGUGUUGCGUAUCUACGAUUGGUCGUUCAUGGAGCAGUGAAGUGUAGCCUGAUCAUGUCACGAGCCAAAGUCGCACCACUGAAGCGCCAGUCGAUCCCUAGGUUAGAAUUGAUGGCAGCAGUUCUGGGGGCCCGAAUGAGGCAAACUAUUAUGGAAACGCAUUCUUUGCGAAUCGAUCAAACCAUUCUGUGGACAGAUUCACGAACGGUACUGUCAUGGCUGCAGUCUGACCAGCAUAAAUUCAAGCAAUUUGUUGCGUUUAGAGUGGGUGAAAUUUUGGAAUUAACUCAUAUGCGAGACUGGAGAUGGGUGCCGACAAAGCAAAAUAUCGCAGAUGUGCUCACUAAGUGGGGUCGUAGUCCACCAUUACACAACGAAUCGGAAUGGGUCCACGGUCCCUCAGUACUGUAUCUACCGAGAGAGCAGUGGCCUUCUGCUGAAACAAUCGAGGAAACCUUAGAAGAAACUAGAGGCACUAUGCUGUUUCACGCGGUGGUCGAAGCCGAAACUAUUUCCAGCUGGACGAAACUAGUACGCGUGGUGGCAACCGUUAUGCGCUUCAUCUCCAACUGUCGACGUAAAAGAAUUGGUUUGCCGAUAGUGACUUAUCAAUCAUCAGAGUACCACUGUCGGUUGAUCCAAGCGGAGUAUUCGACAAUCAAGAAACCGCUUCAGCAGGAGGAACUUCAAAAGGCAGAAACCGUUCUGUGGAGGCAAGCACAAUUCGAGAGUUUUCCCAAUGAAAUGAAUACUCUAACAAGGAAUCUACAAAGGAAAGAUGAUCAGCCACAGGAGAGGAUUGAAAAAUCUAGCACUCUGUAUAAAAAAUCACCGGUGUUAGACGAAGAAGGCGUUCUGAGAGUACGCGGCCGAUUGGAGACGAACGAGGAGCUGCCCUUUGACAUGAGAUUCCCAAUCAUCCUAUCUGCAAAACAUAACAUCACGAAAAAAAACUGUAUUUAA